AUGCUCGUAUGUUGUCGAAGCAGCUUAUCUCUCCUUGCGCGCGCGACCAUGCCGUUGUGCUGUUCUCGGCGUUUUUUGACCCAUCAGAACAACAUUGAUGAUAUCAGCGGCCUCGUAGACACUAACAGCAACUCUGUUAGUGACGGGCGGCUGCAUUGCAGCACGGGGGAAGGUGGAAAGGCUUCGACGUGUGAGCGCGUAUCGUUGCGGACCAUCGCCGAAUCGCUGGGAGCAGCGGCAGCGGCGGAACUGCGAGCCGAGGUGGAACGUGACACGCGAGAUGGCGUUGCGGCGAUUCCACCGCUACCGCCACUUGGCUGGAGGGUUCGCCAUCCUUCAGGGUCUAAUUAUUUCGUUAUGACGCGCACUUUAAAGAACGGCGUCCAGUCUGCGGAGCUGAACAAUAGGCGUUAUCGUAGCGUUCACGAUAUUUUUUUGCAGUCUUUACAAAAAGGUGGGCACAAGUAUGCGCAAAAGGGGAAAGGGAGCGAAGGUAGGCAGAAACAUGCCAAAGAGGAGGAGGAACCACCCUCACAGGAAGACGGCAAGUCUUCACCGAAGGUUACUGUUGGGUACGACCGGGAGGGGCGCGGUCACCGCGCCACACUUCAACGAAUGGACGAGUUGCACGACUCCCCCAAGCUGAGUCGUGCUGAUGUGCAUCUGACGGUAUUUGCACCUUUCCGCGUGUACGACCCGUCAUUACAUGACCCCACAGUGGACAUUUGCGAGUGGUCCUCUUUUGACUUAGUUGUGCAGAAAACGGUGCCUGACAACAGGGUUGCAAACAAGCUUCUUCAGCCACUCUCGUGUACCCCACAGGACGGUGCUCUCAGCAUGUACGUAUGUCUCGCCAGUGUUAACAGUGAGAUGCGCAUUCGAUCCAUACAGCUUCUUUCCAUGAAGGAAGCGCAGGCUCUUGUUGAGCACGCAUGUUUCGGGAAUGGUGAGCCGCUCUUCUUGGAACUCCUUCGGCGAAGGGGACGGCGUCGGCCGCUGGUGGAGAGACGCUUUGAUGAUCCUCGACUGCGAUAUGAGGAAGUUGCGCAACCUCAACAAGUAGCUGAUGAGGCCGCCGUGGCGUGUUCUUCUUCAUGCUACGGACCUUAUUAUCCUGCAUUUGAGAUGCUGAUGGACUCCUGUGGUAGUGCGGGUGAGUACAGUCGUGCUCUUUGCUACGGAGGUCCCUACGUGAGUGAAUUGUCAAGGGAAUUGUGUGACGCUUUAUUGGAUUACAUCAAAGGCGACUUGGGUGUAUCAGAUCAACUGUGCGAGUAUGUGUGUCAAAUGCAAUUCUUCCUAGAGCAGGAGGAGUACAUGACGUGGCUGGGACAAGUACAGCAUGUGGCAAAUGCUGUAUCGCGAACUGCAUAG